AAUGACCGACAAGGUAGAGAUUUUUAGCUCGGAAAAAAUAAAAUUAUUCGUUUCAAAAUUUGGUCAACUCACAGAUGAAAAGUCCGGGCAAUGCUGCGAAGUGCAGAAAUAUACAUGGGAAACGACAAACCGGCUCACAUUCGAGGUAAUUACUUUGGAUGCAGCGAUAGUAGGCAUACGUCCACCGGACAAGGAUUUCAACUCGGACGAAGUGAUUCUUGGUAGUGGAACAUUGAAAGCCUAUCUUUACUAUGCCAGCCAGAACCUAUCGUCGUCGAUUCAAUCGGCACCGCUGAAGCGACGCACAGAUUGGGGUCAACGCAUUUGGUCACCUUACGUCAACGGAUCUGAUUUGAUCCUAACCAACGUAGUUCUGGAUGAUUGCUGCAAUUUGAUGAUACAGGUUAGAUUUAGCGUGUCGUUCAACAAUGUUGUUCGAAUCGGAUAUCAAGUGGUAAGUGAUAAAGCUCGUUUACUUGAGACCACUCACCGGUUGGUAUUGAAUCUUGGCGGUGGACUUACCGGAUAUUGCGGCAUGUAUGAUCACGUAGUGCAGCUAAAUGCGGAAGGCUUCUACCGUGCGAAAGGAAACACGCUUCGGGAUAACGUAACAAAAAGCAUGGCAGAAGAUCUGGUAGAUCUGCGGGUUGCCCAACAUGUUGGAAUGGCCAUCUAUAGAUCAGAUCGAAUUGGUUUUAACGGCGUUUACCGUCUUUCCGAACCAGUCGGGAUGGUGUUCAACACGAGACUGAUUCAGGCGCGGAAUCGACGCGUGAUGGAGAUUUAUUCAGACUUCAAUUGGAUGCGCUUUUCGACGCUGGAUGAUUUACCCGAACUAGCAGGACGUAUUGGUCCUUUCUAUGCAAGCCUUGGGAUACGGAAUGUUGAGCAAAUUUUCAACAUUGAUCAACUAGUACAUUCCGUGGUGCGAUUUGUUGAAGGUGAUGAUCUGGAAAGCGGUUCGAUGUCAUCGGUACAUACUUCUGACACCAUGGGUGAAUCUGAAAUGCGAUUCAUGAUAGACGAUUUGUUUCUAAAAGAUUUGGAGGAUAAAAUUCAGGCACUGAAAGAAGUUGGAUUAUUAAGUAUGAAAGAAGCACGUGAGAUUAUAAUUGAUCUGAUAAUUAUGAGCUUGGACUGUAUCAGUGUUACCGCCACGGAUUCCAAUGUGCUAGAUGAAGAAGGUGUUCGAACAAUUAUUGAAGAAUUGAUACUCAAGGCUGUUUAUUGUUCCAGUGUCAGUAUCGUAGACAGCAUAAGUCAAUCCACCACAGAUUCCACUGUGAUAGAUGAAGGAGGUGUUCGAAAAGUUAUCGAUGAUUUGAUAUUAAAAGCGCUUCCUUGUUCCACUGUUUUAUCUACAUCCGCUAACGACAUCAAUGAUAUGAAUAAGGAUAUAAGUCGUGAAGAGGUGCUGAACGAAUAUCAGAAGCAUGGGGGCAUUCUUCUGCAGCUCACCGAGACGCCGUUUUUAAGAACAUGCAAAAAGAAAAGCGUGUUUUCUCUACCAAACCGUAUCCGGGAAUCUCCGCGAAUAGUUUACGAGCACAGCGUUUUUUUGAAAUUUGGUCUAUGUAAAAUUCCUUCAAAUGAUAGAAAUAAAUCCAUCUCUGCGAGAUGA